AUGGCUUUGUUGCUUGGAAACGUCAUCAUCGCCGACUUCUUCCGGUUCACGCUCCACAAUAUCAAAAGGUAACCGGCCAGGGUGAAGGUCAUCGAAAUGACUUUGAUAAACAAAUUAUUGAAUUUUUUUUUACCUAAUCAGACAUUGUAGUAUUAAUAAGGGAAGUAAAAAUAGUUAAGCUAGAGUCUAGAGUUUUUGAUGAUUUGCUGAUAUACUCAGAAGUGAUAAAAAGUUGUAUAUGAAUUCAUUUGGUUUAAAAAAAAAUUGACAUUUCAAAUAUUUACUUUUAAAGAUUUGAAAAUUACACAAAGAAAAUAUCUCCGCACCUUUACUCGGACUUUGCGCUCAAAAAGUGUCGAGUAGAGCAAAAUGGCGCCUCCGCUCGCCAGCCCGGUUAGCUCAGUCGGUAGAGCACCAGACUCUUAAUCUGGCUGUCGCGGGUUCGAGCCCCGCAUCGGGCUUGAAACACUUUUUUGCGUUUAUCAGAUAUGGAAUAUUGGGAAUGCAGCCAAGCAAUUUAGCCAUGGGAUAGAAAUGAACCUUAAAGUCACGUGGAAUCAACUACGUGUCGACAACGUCUUGAAAUAAUCAUUUUUCAUUUUUGUCAUUUUUAAAUUUCCUCGCAAGUUUUUGUUGGCAACCUACUCUUACAGAAAAUUCACUCAAACGGAUUAAAAAGGUACGUUUUCUAACUGAGAAGAUGUAUUUAGGCGAAAAAAUGUUUUUUUUUUUGUUAUUUACUUAGGGAUAAUUUGCGCAUAAGUAGUGUGUAGUACAGCAAAGUUGCGGCUUCGGUCACCGACCCGGUUAGCUCAGUCGGUAGAGCACCAGACUCUUAAUCUGGCUGUCGCGGGUUCGAGCCCCGCAUCGGGCUUGAAACACUUUUUUUGCGCUUUUAUUUCAAAUGCUUGUUCUUUUUAUUGAAUUAGGUUUUUGCAUUUGAACUGGAGCAUUUAUUGUUUAGUUUGACUUUUUUUUUCUGACCAGGUAUAGUUAGAAUUCAAAUUUCUCUACAGGGAGUCUGAAAAAGGAAGUUUUAAAGAUUUGCUCUAUUCAAUUAUUUGAUCUUGAUCGGUUGUCUAGAAAUUCUCCUUUUGUUGUUGAGUUCCUAUUUUUUGAUGGAAAAUGGAAAGUAAAACUGAUUCAGAUAAUGUUUUUGAUCUACGUUUUGCAACGAUGUCAUUUUAGGCCUUUUUUUAUAAAGUUCGAUCAAAAUUCUUUUUUUUUUCCCCCACUGGAAAGAGUUUGAAACCGCAGCAAAAGUUUUAUGGCAAUCAAAUUGGACCCAUCGGAGUGCAAAUCGUACAGAUUUGCCCCCUUUUUUGUUGGGUUUUUUGGCGCGAUUUUCUGCACGUGCGUCAUAAUGUUUCACCCACACAUGCUCUCUUAACAGCCUCCGUGAAGCCUUUUUAUCUUCUUUUCUUUCAAGAAUUGUUUCAUUUCUACGUUCUCCGAUUGAUAGAUCAAAAGAAAAGGGCUCGUCCUCAUUUUAUGUUUUUGUUCAAAAAAAAAGUUUUUUCCGUCCGUGAUGUUGCUUGGAAACCUUUGCCGUUUCGUUUUUCACGUUCCUAUUGAUUCGAAAAUACAUAAUUUUCCGCUUUUAAUGGAACAAUUAGUUUAAUUGGUCAGGUGUGAGAAGCUGUUCAAAUAUUGGCGUAUUUGCAAAUUUUUCACGUUUUUUUAAACUGAUAUGCGGUUUUGGAUAUAUUUUGAUUUUUUUUGGACGAUUUUCCAGAAUUUUUCCAUUUUAGUUCAAUUUUCCAACUCCUUGGGACAAAUUUCGCGAUUUUUCUGCAAAUUUCAGUCCAUUUUCGAUUUUUUGUGAGAUUUCAGGGGAAAUUUGUGGAUUUUACUGCCUUCCCGGGGGUCAAAAAAUCGAUAUUAUCUUUGAAUUUAUUUUUCAAAAUCCUAAUGAGCAGAUUUUUGGGUCAAAUUUGAAUUUACAGGGUACUUUUUCCUACGUGAAUGGCAAGGAAUGAGGAGGCAAAAAUUGAUCGCUUUCCGCCUUCUUCUGAUCGUCACAACCGCCGUUUUCGUCAUCAUAUUGACCAAUUCCAGCUUUGAUACGCAGUUUUUUGGGUUUAUUUUUGCUCCUUUUCUUUUCUGUGACUUCAUGGAAACAGUAUAUUUCAGAACUGAACAAAAAGAAGUGAAAAAACCGGCUUUCCCCAUCGUUUUCUAUCACCGAGCUUACUUGGACUACAGGUUUGUUAAUAUAUGUCGAAUAUUAAAUAGCGACGUCACUAUUAUGUUCAUGAAGUCACUUUAAGAUAAAAUUGACGUCACUUUUAUUUUUAUGACGUCACUUUCGGAGAAAUUUGACGUCACUAUCAACUCAAAUGUAUCUACUAGAAUUUUUUAUAAUCGGCCAUUUUUCCAGUAGAACUUAUUUUUUCAGAUUUUCCGCUUAAUGACGCAAUUUUUUCAGAAUAAAAAAAUCAGAAGUAUAAAGAUGCUUCGAAAUAUAUUGUUUUUGAAUUUUAGAGCAUUUUUUUGCUGCUACUCGGACGCGAAUCGGACGUGUCGGGGCAUUUCUAGUGACCACUUUAGUAGCGCCAGACCUCUCAAGUGAUCCCUAGAAUUGCUCAGAAACGUAUGAUUUUUCUUACCUAGGUCCGAGCAACCAUUCCGAAUGACGCCAAUUUUUAUCAUUUUUGACCUGAAGAUGACGUUACUACGACUUCAGAUACGAGACGCCGAGGUUGCGAAUAUUCUCCGUCAAUCCAUGCGUCCCGUCGAACUUCUCCCUUCAAGUGAUUCUGAUGUCAUCGAAGGGCCAAAAAAGGGUCGAAGUCGUGCCGAGACCCGUCGAGAAGGCGUGCCCCUGGGUCUGGGCUCCCGGCUGCUUCUACAACUCGUUCAUCUUCGAAGCAGAAGUCCCUAGAGUGGCUGCUUUGAGGAAUAACUUUAACAUGGUUAGUGACAGCAUUUUGAGUGACGGGGGAGGAGUUGGGCGUGGUCUGUUGGAGCUGGAAAUAGAAGCAAAGAAAGGUUAAGGGGGCACUUGAGGGAUCUUUUUGAACAUUAAGCGGUUUUUAAAAUGUUCAACAAAGUGACCACUUGAGAGGACAAGGAUUCGUGUGGUGCCUUCUUGAGAGGUCACUUCAAAUUUUAUAAUUAUUCCGUCGAAUUUGAAUUUUUCAUUUUGAAGCUCUGAAGAAAACUGUAGUGCUAACCUUUGCAAGAAAUAUCACCUCUUAAGGGAACACUUGAGCCCCAUUUUACUCUGAAAGUGGCCACUUGAGAGGAGAAUAAUUCUUGUGGUACUUUCUUAAGACGUCACUGCAAAUUUUAUAAUUGAUCUGUCGAAUUUGAAUCUAUACUUUUAAAGCUCUGAAGAAAACUGCAGUGAUAACUAAAAUAUUGCCUCUUAAGUGAACACUUGAAUUUCUCCAGGAGCCCUUUUUGAUCAUUUUUGUGUAGAAUAUUGGCGUAAACCACUUGAGGGCUUUGAAUUUAAGGUUCUUAAGUAUCCACUUUAUAAUCCCCUCAAAGUGCCCACUUGAGAGGACAAGGAUUCGUGUGGUGCCUUCUUAAGAGGUCACUUGAACUUCUUUAAUCAAUCCGUCGACUUUGAAUGUUUCAUUUUGAAGCUCUGAAGAAAAAUGCAGGGCAAAUUUGAGUUUUGCAAAGAUUAUCACCUCUCAAGGGAACACUUAAAUUUACCUAGGUCCUAGGAGCCUUUUUUGAUCACUUUUUGUGUAGAACAUUGGCGUAAACCACUUGAGGGCUUUGAUUUUACGGUUCAAGUCACCAAAGUUGCCACUUGAAAGGACAAGAAUCCUUGUGUUACCUUCUUAAGAGGUCGCUUCAAGUUUUACAAUGAAGCAGUCCAAUCUGGCAUGCUUCCUAGUGCCUUAUCACUACUUCAAAAAAAUGAAAAAACCCUAAAGUUGAAUUUUUUUUGUGUGGUUUCCAGGCCGUUCUCCUACUCCCAGAUGACCGGGAAAUCGAACUGAGCGUCGAACCUGUUAGGAAUGUAGCCAAAAAAGGACUCACCGUCUGUGUGGAACCGGUCUAUUGGUACUCGGAGCACCACACAAUCAUCCUCUUCAUCGAAACCUGGAAACUGCAAGGCGCCACGCAUUUCAUCGUUUAUUAUCACUCGGCGAAUGAAGCGGUCGGAGCUGUGCUCGACUUUUACCUCAAACAGGUUCGGGAAUCAAGAAAUUAAAAAUGGAUUCCUUGAUUUACUUGGAAAAUUUUUUGUGGCCACUAUGAAGGCUCGCCAAGGACUACUUGGAGAAGAAACUAAAGUGGCCACUAAACCCACUUCUAUAGUGGCUACUAUUUUCCGUUUUAGUGGCCACUUCAGUAGUUUUUCAUCCAUUAAUUCUUCCAGUAACUCUGAUUAUUUUCAAACAAACAGAUUGGACCAGUUAUGUUGAUCCAUUGACCCCUAAAGUGACCACUAAAAUUUUUAGUGCUCUACUUAGACCUCUAUAGUGGCCACUUAUUUUUAACCCCUUAAGUGGCCACUUCUUUGACUACUAUAGCGGCCACUAAAACGUCGAAACCCUAUAGUGGAAACUAAAAAUGUUCCCAGUAAGAAUUUCAAGAAGAUUUAUGAGCCUGUGAGGAGCUUUUUGAGUCAUAGGUAGUAGCAUUUUUUUCAAGAUUGUUGGAUUAAUUUCUGGUCUCAAUCGAAAUCUUUGGUUCAGAAGAAGGCUACUAGACUUUUCAGUGAAGAUAGAGAGUCCUAGACUCGCAAUUUUCUUAUUAAGAUUUUUUUUUUAAAUGUUAGGAAGGUAUCUAAUACACUUUCUCUGCGAAUUUCGAAAAUCCUCUGGUUUAAUAAUUUCAAGUUUGUUCCCGAAGCUUGGUACUGAGGUCACAGAUAUCAGACCGCCUUCUUAACUUAAAGCGCCGGGUUUUAAUAGGCUCCGCCCACUUAUAGGGUCAUGGUAGAGGAAAGACGACUAUAAGAAUUUUUCUUGUUGGAGCAAGUCGGUUCAAACAAGUAUCAACGUAGAGAGGUAACAGGCCGCCUUCUUAACUUGAAGCGCCGGGUUUUAAUGAGCUCCGCCCACUUUCAGGGUCAUGGUAGAGAAAAUACCGUAAAAAGACAACUUUUUUAAGGGUGGAGCAAGUUGUUUCAAACAAGUUUUGACGCAGAGAAAACGGCCUUUUGAUCAUUUUUUGUGUUGGAAGAUACCCCGAAAUGUCUUCUUACAAUAUAAAAAAUGUUGAAGAAACUUGAAAAUGACGAGUUUAUCCAACUUUUGAGCUUUAGUAGGUCAAGAAUCAUGAUGAGCAUGAAGUUUUCUCUCUUAUUCUACGAAUGAUGUUAUCAUGUGAUUAUUGAGAAAAUAACCACCAGCUUCAGUUUUGGGUUUUCCGACUUGAAAUUGACCGAAUCUUUUUUUUCUGUGACAAUACCAGGCUCUAGAAACGAGUUUGAAACUUUCAGUUCGUAAAUUUUUACGGAGAAAGCGUGUUAAGAGCUUUAAAUGUGCUUAUAAGGCUCAGAAAAUUAUAUAUUUUGGCUCAAAAACGACUUCAAAAAUCGAUUUUUACGAGAAUUUUCUGACUUUAUUUUUAUAAAAUUUGAAAAUCUGUUGCCUAUUUGAGAAAUACUAACGUUUUUUAUCUAAUCAUUUUUUUUUGUUGGUAAAGUUCAAUUUCACAGGGUAUCCUGACGAUAAUGCAAUGGCCGGAACUGCCCAAACUAAAUAUUCCGGGACCUCAGCCAAAAUUUUCCACGUAUCGAUUGGCCCACAAUUUGGCAAUCAACUUGUGUCUGAUGGAGAUCAAGACGGACCUCGGCACGUUUGUCGACUUCGACGAAGUUUUGCUGGCGAAGUUUGACCUUGAAUGAUUUGGACAAUUAUAAAAAGGAGCUGGAGGAGUUUUUGGGACUGGAAAGUUUCAAUAAAUCGAAUUAAUUUUUCCCGAACCUCGGCAAUGAAAACCGGACGCGCCCCGGACGUUCCUGAGCAUUUCAGGGGUAACUUUAGCGGUUACUUAAGUGGCCACUUCAAGGGCUCAGAAGGGAUCCCGGUAAUGCAAACCGGACGUGCCCCGGACGUUUCUGAGCAGUUUUUAGGAUAAUUUUAGCAUCCUCCGGCUCUUAAGUGGUCACUAAAAGGGCUCAGAAAUCCUAUUAGGAUCCCGGUAAUGCAAAUCGGACCCGUCCUCGGCGUUCCUGAGCAUUUUAAGGGCAACUUUAGUGGCUUCUUAAGUGGUCCCUUGAAGGGUUCAGAAAAAUGCGCGUCCGGUUUCCGUUACAGAGAAUUAGGGCAAAAUAGGUAGGUUUAAUCUUUGAGGAAUAAACUUUCAACUUAAGGGGGCGUUUCUGAGAAUCACUUAAGAGUACUGACGCCACUUAAGGGAUCCCUAGAAAUGCUCAUAACGUCCGGUUUGCAUUUCAAAUGUUUUUAUGUUCUUGAAGCACAUGGAAAAAGAAAAAAAGGUCUUUUUGGAUUUUUUUUUUUUCAAAAUCUCGGUCUUAUUUUUCAAUUUUACCCGACACUUCGAGUAAAAAUCAAUUUCCUUUCGAAAUAAUUUUCCUAGAUUUUUCCAGAAACACGACAAUUUACAACUUUGCUCGGAUACAAUUUACGGACAUCUCUCUUGGAUCGAUAAAUUUUGCUCAUAUUGGCGCGAAAUUCAAAUCGGAACUUCUGAAAACAAAAUCGGAUAAAGCGAUAAUGGACUUUAACGUCGUUAAAAACCCGAUUUUCUUGGAUCUAACCGGAUUGGGAAAGGUAAAGAUUAUUAUUGGACGCAAAUGGAAUGGCUGAACGCCUCGCGGCUGCGAAGCGGUCUUUGCGCCUGACUCAAAACGACUUGGGCUCUGGGGCAUAGAAUAAUAAUAGAAAAAAGCAACCUUCAGUUCAACAAAGGUUUUUUUUAUUUUUUCAAAUUGAGCCAUUCCAAAUGCGACCGCAGCAUCCCAAGAUCGCGAUUACUGAAUGAUGAAAUUUCAGUACAUUUUCAAAAGAAACUUUGUCGAUGUCGUCCUCACCCACAUGGUGUCUUCGUACAUCGGCGACAAAACGACAAAAAAUGUCCGUCUUUUAAAGGUUUCCAGACGGAUAUCGAUUUUUCCAGAUUGAAAAAACUGACGCCGCUCGUGUACAUUAUCGUUACAACAAUGAUAAUGUCAAUGCGACGGUUGUAGGUUUGGAUUUUCUGUUUUUCCCGCCAACGGCUAACCUCACUGACGUCAUCAAGAAGGUGACGUCAUCAUCCUGAUAGCUCUCAUCUCAGUUUUUUGUAGGGUUCGAAAAUUUUCCCGUCUGGAAUUCCGAAAUACAACCCAGCGGCCAGGAUAGCGCUGGGCAAAUGCUUGAAGAAUUGGUUUAUUUUUUUUUCUUGAAAAUAGUUGUGAAGUGUUAGAAAAACCUAGACAAACGUGUAGAUCUUCAACAGGCUCAAAUUGAGGAGCUUUUGCGCUCUAUGGCAAAAAUGACCAAUUUUAACGCGGUGAGGCACUAUUUUACGACAUUUAUGUUGCUCAACAACAUAUUUACAGUUAGAAAAACGAAAAACGAAAGCCGAUUUUUGAUUUUAAUUGCGCUUUAUCGAUAAUUUUGUGUGCUUUUGAUAUUUCAGACUGAUUUUGCUUUUUUUUUUUCUAUCAUUGAAUUUUCUGCGCUCCAUGGAGAAUGAAAACCGAGCCGAAUUUUUUUUCUCCAAAAAUUUGUAGGAAUUCCAGAGUAGCCCCAAUAGGAGUUAGGGCUGAAAAAGAAAUCCUAUUGGGGCCGAAAAAGUGGUCCCUGUAGGGGUUUAAUCAAGGUGGUACCUAUAUUAGUUUAGGGUCGGACUCCUGAACCCCUAAAGCUCAAGUGGACCCUCUAGGGGUCUUUCAAUUUCAUUAUAAAAACUUAUUUGUUCAGUUUUUCCCAUGGACAUGCUUCUUCGCUUAGAGUUCAUAACAAUUAUUGACUAGCCUGUCCCCUAUAGGGACCAAUUUUGUAAGAUUUAGUGGCCCCUAUAGGGGUUGGCAAAGUGGUCCCUGAAGGCUACCCUCCAAGAGCCUCUGAGGUUGUCCCUAUAGGGACCACUCUGGAGAUUUAAAAAAAGCCGAAAAUGAUGGAGAGUGUUUGAAAUCACAACAUAGCCUUUGAUUUUGCAUUGUUGAAGCUUGAAUAUUUUCCAUUUUUUCCAGGAAAGUCGAAACGAAUCAGUGCAAAACGCCGACGACGACGUGUGCAGUGGAGCUCUGGCCCUUGGAAAAUUGGCUCGAAACUCAAACCCCUCAUAUUUUUUUAUUGUCUAACGGGUUUUUUUUUUUGAUUUAUUGCUCAUGCUUUAAAAAAACUAUAAUGAAACAUCUUGGUUCGAUGUUUUUUUUUGUUUGAGUUUCAAAAACUUGAAAUAUUUUUAUAUUCUCUUUUCAAACUUUUUCCUUUUUUUUCUGCUUCCCUGACAAGUUUUUAACAACAACGAAAAAAGGGACAAUGAACUUCGUCAGUAGGAAACGGAACGUGAAGCCGCUCCGCUUCAUUUCAAAGUUUUCGUGAUUUAAAAGAGGUAACUUUUUUUCAUUCCUAGGAGAGUUUGUGUUGAAAAUUAUUGAGAAUCGGCUUUUUUAAUGUGAAAUUUUCAAGUUUUUGGUAGGACCUUUCAUUAAGAAUCAUAGCUGACCCACGGCUGGCUUGAGCCUUUAAAAAAAGGGUCGUGACACGAUAAGAAACGAGACAGUGUCUGGUUGGUGGAGAGCGCAGGCAGGCCACGCCCCCCUUUGCAUCUCAAGCUAUCGGCUUCGACUAUUUUAGAAUCAAGAUCCAGAACUUUUUUUGUGAAAGUUUGGAAAAAAACGGACGAAUUUUUUUAAUAAUCGGCUUUAAAAAAAGCUCGAAAAAAAGAGUUAAUUUUUCCAUAAUUUUUUCAAAUUUAAGAGUUCAGAUGAUGGAAAAAAUUCAAAUUUUAUUGAAAAAAAUUUCUUUUUCAAGUUUGUUUUACUUCUAACAGUCACACUGAAUCAGGCUCUUUAUUGAAAGAAUCCAAUUUUUUCACUAAAAAAAAGUUCAUAGCACCUCGAAGUGCUGCUGAAAAAUGGCCUUUUAUUCCGAAUUUUUUUAAUUAGAGAAUUUUUUUCUCCUGGGAGGGGUACUGUAGAAAAAUCGCCAAGAACUCGGAAAUUCCGAGUUUCCUGCUUCAUAAUGAAGUAAAAAUUUGAGAUUCCUGUUCAAUUAUGUUGUUCUUUUCCUCAGUAUGGUUGUAGUCUGCUCUCAUUUCAAAUGUCAAGCAGCAAACUCCGCCCCAAAAAACCCUCUGUGGAUGGCUCACUCUCUGAUUGGUUUGAUCAUAAGGGCCGGAGUUUGAGCGAGGAGUUGACAUUGAAAAUCUGAACGCAUUCGAAUUCCUAGAAGUUUUUGGGAUACUUAAAGGCAAAUAUGUUCAUUCUGUAAACUUUCUGUUUAGCUGUUAACGCUUCUCAACGCAAUUUUAAGGCGAAAUGAGUCGAUAAUCUCGUAGAACUUGAUAAAUGACGUCAAAAUUCAGAUGACGGGCGCCGCUGCGAAGAAAUCAGCCGAGAAAAAAUCAGCCGAGAAAAAAUCAGCCGAGAAAAAAUCAGCCGAGAAAAAUUCAGCCGAGAAAAAAUCAGCCGAGAAAAAAUCAGCCGGAUCGAAAGAGGCUGAUAAGUUCCCAGUAGCUCAACUGGGACCCCUGGGACCAGGAUACGAGAAUCUGACGCUAUCCGCUCAGUUGGCCGCGAAAAGAACCGGCAGUGGCACACCUAGUUCAAGAGAGCCGGACAAAAAAACCGCAUCAAAGGAGUUUGUUCUUGAUUUUCUCUUGACGGAAGAGACUAUUCUAGCUUAUCACAAUUUUUUUUUCUCCGACAGAACCCCAUUCUUCGAUACACGAUAUCUUUCUUUGCGCAUGCGCCUUUAAAAUAAGGAUAAUUUAAAGGCGAAUGCAGAAGGAAGAGAAGCUUCGCGGAAGAGUUACGUAGCUUGGAUGUUUGCCCAUUGAAAAAAAAAUUGUUAUAGCCUAUCCCGAGCCACAGAACUCCAUUCUUCGAUACACGAUACCUGUAUUUGUGCGUGCGCCUUUAAAAUAAAGUUAAUUUAAAGGCGCAUACAGAGGGACAGGUCGCGCGCAUCGAAGGGAAGCUUCCCGGAAGAGUUCUGUAGUUUGGAUUUUUGAAAAAAAAUAUGGUCGUGCGUUAUUAGCAAAGGAAAAAUUUUUAAACAGUAUUAAAUUUGUUUUUCUUUCAUCUCUAUUUGUCUGUAGUUCACUCGUGGAAAAGGUAAUCAUUUUCAGCUUCUCACGAAAAAAAUUAGUUAAAAAUCAUGGAUUCUCUCACUUUUAAGUCACACUAUUACGCGUCAAGAUUAAAUAAACUCUCAAGUAAGGUGAAUGUGGAAAAAAAAACAAAUUUACCGAGAAAUUUCCGAUUUCUUUGCUCAUUUCUUCAACAAUAAACAAUGGCCGAACCUAGCUCCAUCGAGUCAAAGGAAAAAAAGAUGUCAGCAUCCGCAGAUCCGACGAAUUUGAAAAAUGCGCCGCCAGGAAACGUGGUAAGAGUUUGGUUUUCUCUGUAAUGCAGCAUUGUACAGAAAAAUAACUUUAUAAUUCCAUUUCAUUUCAUCAUAAAUGUAUUUUGUCAUUCAAGAGAGUCGACGCGUUUAUUGCCUUGUAACCCAAACCAAAAACCCAGUAGGAAUGCAACAAGAAUCAAGGGGCGGCGAUACAGAUAAAGAAUUUGACGAUUGAAUGUACGGUAGAUCAUCAUUUGCAUGUAGUCGCAUAGGAGCGCCGCUUGUCGUAGUUCGGAGUGUUGCAGAAGUAAGUGAGCCUCGUGUUGUCGGUCAACUUAAACUGCGCGUGCGGCCUCCGCUUCGGCUGACCUUCUUUCACGCGACUCCAGAUGCGUAGGCUCGCUGAUCUAAAAACAUUUUUUCGAGUGCCUAGGGGGACUGUGAGUGUUGAGGUAUUGUUUCCCAAGCUUUCUAUUAAGGGCUUUAUGUAACUUUUACUCAGUCUACAGGUUCUCUUCUGAACCAUGAAAUAGUUGAAGACAUGUUUGUCCGUUUGCGAAUCUGUUGUUGAUCAAGCGUAAAGCAUCAGGCCUCUCUUGUGAUAGUAGUCGACGGUUUUCGGCGUUUUCGACGAUCCAUUCCUCUCCAUGUAGGAACAGUACGGCGCCCAGCUUGUUCAGGUCUGACGGGCGCCGGAUUUAAUCUCAGAAGAGAGCGGAAAAGGGCUUAUGUAUUGGAAAGAAGCUGUUUCCGCCGGGGUGACCUUUUUGAAGUCUUCACUUACAAAUUCUAUUUUAAGAAUUUUGACUAUCGCUGAAACUGGUGCGGUGGGGUCGACGGUGUUUUUGCCAGUGGUAGAGAGGGAGUAUGAGGGUGGGAGGGUGGGACAUACUCCCGAUUAGGCAAAAACGAUCGGAAUGAUGAGAAAAAUGUAAAAAGCGCUCUUUGCCUUCGCCGAGGUUACUGUAUGCGCAAUUUGGCUGUGUGCAACGGUGCAAUAUCGCGUCGCCCUCUCUUUUCUUACAAAAUGAAAUUUAUAAUUCCAUUUCAUUUCAUCAUAAAUGUAUUUUGUCAUUCAAGAGAGUCGACGCGUUUAUUCGGAACCACAAAGAGGGAGCACUGAUUCCUUAACUUGGAUUUUUUUUGUGUAGGGAUCCAACUGUAGUUCGAAUUUCCUGUUGAAUUCGGGUCAAAAACGCUAUACGACAACUAAGCAGGGUAUUUCAACAACUACUAACUUGCUCUGUCUAAUAUUUUGAAAGUGAGCAUUGACUUGAUCACGCCAGUCUAAGCUCACAAAAAUCUGAGCGGGAUCUAACGAAGAAUAGAUGCUUUUCUGAAAUUCAGCCUCCGGUUUUGAACAGCGACUAACUUGGACCAUAAGCGUUUAAUUCAGCCUCUGGAUUUGAACGGUUUUUUUUUUUGAAAGGAAUCGCGUACAAACUGAAAACUAACUUCGAUCAUAAGCUUAGCUUGUCAAAUAGAGAAUGAUGGAAACACGCUCGAUUGGUACGGCUUCGAAAUGAUGAGGGAAAAAUGAAAUUAGGUAACCCCAUUAACCUCUUUAGAGUUUAAACACUCGGAACUUCCAGUGUCACUGGCUUCUCUUUCAAACUGGGAAUUUCGGCGUCCAGAAUCACGGCUCAAAAACUAACAAACGGAAUUUGGGAUGAAAGUAUCUUCCAUUCUUUCCAGUCCUAAUUCAACGUAAAGCAACGUCAACGCCUUAUACAUAGCAUGCUCUAACUCACACAGGGACAAAUCUUUCAAACGACGAGAGAUGGUAGGCGGGGGACAGGUGUAUAUCGUUACGCUUCCAUCAAGGGAAAAUGGACUGCUUCUGAUCUGACUUUACGUUUAUUGACCCUUCGCCUUAGAACUGUGAUUUAAACCUGAGAGAGAAUCCUCAUCACAAUAAUUUCUCUCCAUUCUGAUGGGGCUUCAGCAGGAAAAAUGACACAGGGAUGAGGAAGGUUUUCUGAGGGUAAGUACUUUCUAACACAAACGUGGCCGCAAUGUGUUUCGUGAAACUUUUUAAACAGCUCAAUGGCAGGAUGAGGGACUGACUCCGGGGUCUUAAGACUCUUGUCCAGAGUUCUCUCUGAUCACUUCGCUUUUCAAAGCUUUUUUUUUUCAUACGUUACCAGAUUAGUCUUUCAGUGUUCUGUUCCGGGAAGAGGUCAUGGAAGGGCCAACAGGUUAUCCAACUUUAUCCAAAGUUUUCCGAGGGUUUGUAGCCAGGAGGUCUCUAUGCUUGUAAAAUUCUUUGGGCUUUUGUAAAAUCAAAAUGUGAGCGUUUUGAAGUGGCAAACAAGGGAACGUUCUGAAAACGUCCUUACUCAAGGGACAUCAUCGUGGGGACUUCAUGUCACGCAUUUGCCGGCACGGAUAAGAGAAACAUGGUUUCUGGGAGAGGGAAAGACUUGAGAAGCCUGGACUAAUUGGUAAAUGUUUAUUAAGGUUCUUAUUACAGGGCCACCUGAGGAGAGAGAGAGAGAGUGAUAAGGGUAAGAGGGCGUAUUGGGCUGGGAUGGAACUUUUGUUAAACUUGUCUAUCGCCAUAAACAAAAAUCUGAAAAAAAUUCAAACAUUCGAGACUUUUGAUUUAAAAAAAGCUAGAAAAAGUGGAAAGAGGUGGAAAUUGAAGGGCAAGACGACACGGAAUAUUAACGAACCGAAACUAUAGAUAACUUUGACUUACCGAGGUUUUUGAAACCAGCUUUCGCCUCUGGUCGUCUCUAGAACAGCCAUCCACGCUCUUUCGCGUCUUCGCGCUUUACCCGGAAUCUCAUGAAGCACGCCGCCUCGAGGUAAAAAACAAAAAACAUCAAAAAUUUACUCCCGAUUAGGCAAAAACGAUCGGAAUGAUGAGAAAAUGUAAAAAGCGCUCUUUGCCUUCGCCGAGGUUACUAUAUGCGCAAUUUGGCUGUGUGCAACGGUGCAAUAUCGCGUCGCCCUCUCUUUUCUUACAAAAUGAAAUGAAUGUCUAACAUGGAAAGAAGAAUGAUAUUAAUAUAAGAGUACUGUAGGCGAGGCUCUGCAUGCACACACCGCCCGUGACGGACCAAACGCAUUUUCGAAUAAUUUUUUUUUUUCCAAUUUUUUCUUAGUUUCUACAUCGAUUCUUAUUGGAAUAUGUAUAUUUUCCUAUUUGGCAAGCUUGUGUGGAGAGCUGAACUAGUUUUUCAUGCAUUUAUAGACCUAUUCGCGCAGAAAAACAUAAAUUUUGAAGUAGAAGAAUUUUUUUGUAUUUUACCUGUUUUUCUUUUUUUUUUUUCAUAUUCACUAAAUUCAUUCAUUCACAUGAUACUUUUUAACGUUUUAGUCAUAGCUGUGGUAGCUGAGACACGCUUAAUUUCUCUGAAACGGAGCGGAAAUCCAGAAAAAAAAGUCUUUUUUUCAAAUUGUCACCAAUAAAUGAUUAAUUUUAGAUUUUUUACGCUUUCUUUUUCUCUUUAGCAUUGAUUUGAAUGAAUUUUUCAGUGUUUACCGGUACCCGAAGAUGAACCAGCAGAUGUGCUUAAUAUCGUCGAUUGGUCCUUGGCCGGCGCCUCCGGAGGCCUCGCCGCGGUGGUUCUCGUUACACUGAUCUUCAUGGAAGUCUCUAUUCUUGGUAUCAUGAAGGUGAUUUUUUUGACUCUGUAUGAUUCGAUUACUUUUUCUUUUUAAUUUUUUUAUUCUAUGAACAAAUGAAAAAAAUAUAUUUAUUUUCAGAUAGGCUUCAUCAACAGAAAUCUCGGCACACCAUGA